AUGACAGCUGAGGUGCAACCAACAGCUCUUUUGGGUUCUGCCCGAUUUAACCUUGCGCUAGUAGGAUUUCUCGGUUGUGUGGCUAUUUAUGCUUUACGUACCGAUGUUAGUUUUGCAAUCGUUUGUAUGGUUAAUAGUACAGCGGUGGAUAUGUUAUCUGGUGAUGGUGGUACUAAUGUGAAGAAGGCUACAACAUGCGCAUUACAAAAUGAUAGUGAAUCAAUCGAAAAGGAUACGAUUAUGGGUAAUUUGGUUUGGGCGAAAGAUAUACAAGGAUAUGUAUUAAGCGCAUUUUUUUGGGGCUAUAUAAGUAGCCAAAUUCUUGGUGGUUAUUUAGCUAAUCAAUAUGGUGGUCGUUUAGUGAUCGGUUUUGUGGUUUUGGGAAGUUCAAUUCUUACGUUAUUCAGUCCAUUAGCUGCAAAAAUGAGCGUUUUUGCAUUCAUCGCUGCUCGAGCUCUGAUAGGCUUUAUGCAGGGUGCUGUAUUUCCUGCGUUCCAUUCUAUGUGGUCAAUGUGGGCACCUCCACUGGAAAGAAGUUUAUUAACCGGACUAACAUAUGCAGGUGCACAAAUAGGUAACACAAUUGUGCUGCCAUUGUCCGGUUUACUUUGCAAGUAUGGAUUUGCAGGUGGUUGGCCAUCAAUCUUUUACGUUAUCGGUACGGCCGGUAUUUUAUGGUGCUUUUUGUGGUUCUUCUAUGCUUCGGAUCGACCUUCUUCUAGUAAACGUAUUUCAAAAAGGGAGCUCAAUUAUAUUGAAAAUUCAUUGGCUGAUAUAUUGGCAUCAGAUUCCAAGAAGAAAAGAGCAGUUCCAUGGCUUGAAAUAUUCAAAUCACUUCCGGUUUGGGCAUUAUUUUGUGGUCAUUUUGCUGGUGAUUGGGGUGCUUACAUUAUGAUGACCAGUCUUCCGAUAUUCAUGAAUGAUGUUUUGGGACUCGAUUUUGCUUCGCUUGGAUUUUUGACAGCAGUUCCAUACAUUGCAUACUUCAUAUUUAUUAAUUUGGGCUGUUUUAUCGCAGAUAAAUUGCAAAAUGCGAAUAUCUUAUCAACUAUUGCCACUCGACGUCUUGCUAUGAUCGUUGCACUUGGAAGUCAAGCUGUAUUUCUGAUAGCUAGCGGUUAUUGUGGCUGUGGUCAAGAAAUUCUGGUGAUCGUCUUCCUCACUCUUGGUAUUGGCUUAUCCGGAAUACAGUAUGCCGGUUUUGUGGUCAAUUAUCUCGAUAUUGCACCAACAUUCGCUGGACCUAUAUUAGGUAUAGGAAAUACAUUAUCAUGCAUCGCUGGGAUCAUCAGUCCAGUAUUGGUUGGCAAACUUACUCCCACGGGUUCACAACAAGAAUGGCAAUUAGUUUUCUGGAUUACUGGCGGAGUGCUAUUAGCUGGUACUAUCAUUUUCUGUUUGUUUGCUAAGGGUGAAGUACAGCAAUGGGCAUUAAGUGAUGUUGAGAAAGUGAAGAAUUGUGAAUUGGAGAAAAGGACACUUAAUACAUCGGAGAGUUCACCGUAA